GGCGCUGCCCGGGGGAUUCGGGCCGGUUCGCGGGCGCUGCCAGUCUCGGGCGGCGGCGUCCGGCGCGCGGGUGGCCUGCAGGGCGGGCUGAGGGGGAGCGGCUCGCGGGCUAGGCGGAGAGAGACAGAGCAGACGAACAACCGCGGCGACAGGUCACGGCUCCCGUCCGCGGCCCCCGACUCGCCCGAGGCCCGGCGCCCGUGACCGCGGCAGCCCGGAGCAGACGGCGGGACCGGCGGAGAGCCGGGAGGCGCGUGAACAGCAGCUGCCGCGGGCGGGAGAGAAACUUCGCUUUCCGGGGCCCGGGCGGCGGGAGAAGUGGAGCCGGGGUGAGCCGUGCACCGGGACGCCGCGGGCGCGAUGGAGCCGCGCUCACCUGGCGGGCCAGCCGAGAGUGAGGAUAACGGAGCGUCCCGUCGCCGCCGUCCUGGCUUUCGGUUUGCGCUCCCCGGGCGGUGGGUGUGGAUGCGCGUUCACCGUCUUCACCUGCCGCCCAGGGACCAGUGACUGGGAACAGCAUCCCCGCUCUCGGCCGCUCGUAGAGGGUGCGGGUGCGGCGGCGUUCUAACAGAACAGUUGCAAGACCAGUACGAGGAACUUCCAGAUUCACCAACUGUUGGUGUAUACAUUUGUUCACAUUUACCCAGCUGAAUACUUAAGAUCCGUGCAUUUUAUGUCGUGGCACGUGGGAUCUAGUUCUCCGACCAGGGAUCGAACCUGGGCCCCCCUGCAUUGCGAGCAUGGAGUCCUACCCACUGGACCACCAGGGAAGUCCCGAUAAAAAUUAUUUUAAAAGUUAAAUAUAUUUCAAAUGCUUGGGUUUGGGGUUUUGUUUGUUUGUUUUAGGAUUGUGGCAUUUUAGGUGCCUCAUGAAAUACUACCUGUAGGAGCUUUAUUUUUGAAGUUGUUUAAAAGAUUUCUGUCAGAGGAUAAGUGAUUAACAUAUAUGCUGCGUAACCUGUAUUUUCUUACUGUUUCUGUACUUAGCUAUUUUAACAGGAUGUGAUUUAUACGGUUUCAACAUUCUUUGAGACAGCAUCAAGUUUUAAUAGCCUUUUAGAAAUGGGAAUUUUCUAAUAUUGUAUUUUUGUUACUGUUCUGUUUCAACAAAAGCGAUCAGUUAUGACUGUUUUCACUGCCAGUUUUGUGAUUUGAAGUUAUAGUCACACAAAAUAUUCAGGGACCACAUUAAAUGAGAAUUCUAUUUAUUACAAAGUUCUUUUAGGAAAUUUAGCUGUAUUAUAUGUCAGCACUUAAUAAUCAUUUGAAUAGCCUCAUUAAAAUUAGCCUCUUUUCAGGAUUGAUUUGGAUUUGGAUCUGUUAGGGUCAUGUGUUCACCUCUGAACUGUUGGGGUGGCCAAGGGGAUAAGAAGCUCUGACUGGCAAAGACUGGGGAUUGGGCCCACCCCAGGAGGCAUGAUAGGCAUAAUGAGAACACAGACCUGGAAGUCAGAGUGGUUCUUACAGGAGAAACAGGAAAAAUGGAGCAAAGACUAGGUCUGUCUUGUUCACGGUUAUGGCAGUAUCAUCAGGCAUAAUGCCUGGCAUAUAUUUCACAUAAGAAGACAUUGCCUAAUCCAAGCAGGUUGUCUACUUAUAAAAGACAAUGACUACUGAUGAAGCUGCCAAGAACAAUGGAGAAAGCCCCGCAGCAGCUGUUGCUGAACAGGGAGAGGAUAUUACCUCCAAAAAAGAUAGAGGAGUAUUAAAGAUUGUCAAAAGAGUGGGGAAUAGUGAGGAAACCCCGAUGAUUGGAGACAAAGUUUAUGUCCAUUACAAAGGAAAAUUGUCAAAUGGAAAGAAGUUUGAUUCCAGUCAUGAUCGAAACGAACCAUUUGUCUUUAGUCUUGGCAAAGGCCAAGUUAUCAAGGCAUGGGACAUUGGGGUGGCUACCAUGAAGAAAGGAGAGAUCUGUCAUUUACUGUGCAAACCAGAAUAUGCAUAUGGCUCGGCUGGCAGUCUCCCCAAAAUUCCCUCGAAUGCAACUCUCUUUUUUGAGAUUGAGCUUCUUGAUUUCAAAGGAGAGGACUUAUUUGAAGAUGGAGGUAUUAUCCGAAGAAUCAAACGGAAAGGAGAAGGGUAUUCAAACCCAAACGAAGGAGCGACAGUAGAAAUCCACCUGGAAGGCCGCUGUGGUGGAAGGAUGUUUGAUUGCAGAGAUGUGGGGUUCAUAGUUGGCGAAGGAGAAGACCACGACAUUCCAAUCGGAAUUGACAAAGCCCUGGAGAAAAUGCAGCGUGAGGAACAAUGUAUUUUGUAUCUUGGACCACGAUAUGGUUUUGGAGAGGCAGGGAAGCCUGAAUUUGGCAUUGAACCUAAUGCUGAGCUUAUAUAUGAAGUUACACUUAAGAGCUUCGAAAAGGCCAAAGAAUCCUGGGAGAUGGAUACCAAAGAAAAAUUGGAGCAGGCUGCCAUUGUCAAAGAGAAGGGAACUGUGUACUUCAAGGGAGGCAAGUACAUGCAGGCGGUGAUUCAGUAUGGGAAGAUAGUGUCCUGGUUAGAGAUGGAAUAUGGCUUAUCAGAAAAGGAAUCGAAAGCUUCUGAAUCAUUUCUGCUCGCUGCCUUCCUGAACCUGGCCAUGUGCUACCUGAAGCUUAGAGAAUACACCAAAGCCGUGGAAUGCUGUGACAAGGCCCUUGGACUGGACAGUGCCAAUGAGAAGGGCUUGUACAGGAGGGGUGAAGCCCAGCUGCUCAUGAAUGAGUUUGAGUCAGCCAAGGGCGACUUUGAGAAAGUGCUGGAAGUAAACCCCCAGAAUAAGGCCGCGAGACUGCAGAUCUCCAUGUGCCAGAAAAAGGCUAAGGAGCACAAUGAGCGGGACCGCAGGAUAUAUGCCAACAUGUUCAAGAAGUUUGCAGAGCAGGAUGCAAAGGAAGAGGCCAGUAAAGCAAUGGGCAAGAAGACUUUAGAAGGGGUCACCAAUGAAAAAGAAACAGCAAGUCAGUCGAUGGAAGAGGAGAAAGCCGAAGGCCAUGUAUGACACCACGCCAAGGAGGGAAGAGUCCUAAGGAACUCGGCCCCUCCUCCAUGGGCUUUCACCCAACUCAGGACUAAACAGUGUUUAAUGUAAAGUUUGUUAUAGUCUAUGUGAUUCUGGAAGCAAAUGGCAAAACCAGUAGCUUCCCAAAAAACCACCACCCUGCUGCUGCCCAGAGUUCUCAUCGAGGGGGUGGCAUGGGACCACUCCAGGUGGAACAAAGCAGUGACUGUUGGUGUGGAGAGAUUGAGCCAACAGCUUAAGUCCAGCUCAUUUCAGUUUAUGUCAACUUGCAAUAUCCAGUUCAGGGUCUCUUGAGAUCAUCCUAACAAUUGGGGGCUGGCUGUUAGGUUUUCCAUUUGACUGAACUUGAAUAGCACUGCAGAAACCUAGAAAUAAAUGCUUAAUGAGUUUCUUCUUUCCUACAGUUGGGCAGGGGAGAGUUGGGGGAGGUUUUGUUUUUCAAAUGACUGAAGUGCUGUGAAUGCAUGCUGUUGCAUUUUUAACCAACAGAACCCAAAGGAGAGGGGCCGGGUCCCCCCUCAGAUCCCCAGCAGCAUCACCGACCUGGAAGCCAGAAUCUCAGAGGCCUCUCGCUUGCUGACUUGGCUGCCUCCCAGACCCCCUCCUUAGUAAAGCAGCCUCCUUGUGAGAGCAGGCUUCUGCCCCGCCAGCCUGUCCCCCCGGAGGAGGAGCCCUGUCAUUCCUGAAAUACUCAAUGCUAAUGAGCAGAGGGAAUUUCUGGAUUAGCUUUCCCUGUUUUGGAUGAAGUUCUGAGAUGCUGAAAUGUGAAUAGAACUAUCAGAAUUGUGCUUUUUCUUCCCUCCUCUAUCCUUUUAGGAAAGAAUGUUGAAUCCAGUACUGCCUGCUCGCGUUGCUACCAUUCAGUUUCUUACUUCCAUUCUAACCCUUGCUAUCAAGAAUUUCAGGCUGCUUCUUAUAAUAUCUGGAGUGAGUGAGUUUAUUUACAUAUCUGUCUAGGAUCCAUGCAGCCUUUUUGUUGUCUUUUUAAAAUUGCUGUCUCAUAAACACAUGUAUACUGAUUUAUGGAAGUUUAUUUACUCUCUCCUCUAUCAUGUUAAAAAAAUUUUUUUGACUUUUUACUAUUAAGUAGCUUAAUUUUUAAAAACAAAAUCUGUGGGGUUGAAAAAAGUCAUCGCUCUUCUACGUUAAGCAUUUUCCUUUCAGGUUUGACAUAUAGUAGCUUUCUUUUCCUGCGCUGAUAGCUGCUUUGUUCUGGUGUGAGUUGUGAAAAAGAGUUGAAAACAGCUUCCCAUGCAGGUACAUCUAGCCUAAAAUCUCCAGUACUUGGGCAUUGAAUUAGGGCAAGUCUUAAAUAUGUACAUGUAGUUGAAUUUUAGUCCUUACGGGUAAGCGAGAUUAAGCAUGGCUUUCUGGUCCCACAGCCUAAGAAAUAAGAAACACUCAUGGGAAUGCAUUUGGCAACCCAAGAAAAUACUUGCUUCAACCUGGAACGUCUCACUUUUUUAAAUCCUAAAGAACACUGGCAAUUGUAUUUUAGAUUAAUUUUUAUUUUUAUAGUGGUUUUAACAAAACACUUAUUGUUAGGUUAGGUCCCAUGUUAAAACCUAAAGUCAUUUCCUUUUAUAUCAGUUUUUGUCUCCAUGGAACAAAUGGAAUUGUUUCUCCCUUAAUGAUAACUAAAAUCCUUUUAAUUUCUCAUUUACACAUUAGUCUUUUUUCAUGAGUUAUUUCUUUUUUUAAAGAAAUCUCACCUAGGGAAUAUAAAAGCAAAAGUUGAUUUUGCUUAUCCACUUAACUGUUUAGUAUUUGUAGCUCUGUUGACUAGAGCAUGACUCCAGUGAGGCUAAGGUUAAAAUUAGAUCCUAAAAAGUCCAGUUAGAUUUUUGCAGGUAACAAGCAAAAACUGUUCCAAAAAUUAGAUUAUUAUCUUAGCCCACUGUCUCGUCUGUUAUGAGUCAUGUGAACAGGCGAGGAGAGAGAGGGGAAGGCUGGGCAAGUGGUUUGGAGCAAAUGAUUAUGAGGUGCCCAUCACCACUCAACAGAAAGAAACUUCACAUAUUCUUGUAUCAAAUUCAAUAAUUUUAAACAAUUUGUCUAGAAGUCAGCAGAUGUCUUUGAACCAUCUCUUAGACUGCAUUUGGAGUGGUGAGGCAGCAUACGGUGAAUUAAAAACAAAUUGGUUUUUUAAAAAAAAGUAUUCAGAUGCACUUUUAUGGUGUUCCUUAAAUAAAUUAAGAAAAACAGA